AUGGUUUCUCAAGUUCACACUAAGGAAGAAUUUGACUCUGCUUUGCAACACCUGGGUCUCGUCGUCGUCGACUUCUUCGCCACCUGGUGUGGUCCCUGCAAGAUGAUUGCCCCUAUGUUGGACAAGUUCGCCGCCGAAUACUCGUCGGCCAAGUUCGUCAAGGUUGACGUCGAUGAGCUCGGGCAACUCGCUCAGCAAUACGAAGUGUCGUCGAUGCCCACCAUCUUGUUGUUCAAGAACGGCCAAGUCGUCGACAAGGUCAUUGGUGCCAACCCCGCUGCCAUCAAGGCCAAGAUCGCCGGCAACGCCUAA